AUGAAGUGGGGAAUUCUUCCUGUACAUCUGCUGCUGCUGCUGCUUUCUGUUUUCCUGAUUCAGCAAGUUUCUUCUCAAGAGCUUUCUUGUAAAGGCCGCUGCUUCGAGUCUUUUGUGCGAGGGAGAGAAUGUGACUGUGACUCACAAUGUAAGGAGUAUGGCAAGUGCUGCCCAGAUUAUGAGAGCUUCUGUGAAGAAGUGCAUAACCCCACAUCACCACCAGCUUCAAAGACUGUUCGUCCGGCUCCAGCAGCAUCUCACCCCAUCAAAUCAACCACCAAACGUUCACCUAAAUCACCAAACAAGAAGAAGACUAAGAAAGUUAUAGAAUCAGAGGAAAUAACAGAAGAACAUUCUGUUUCUGAAAAUCAAGAGUCCUCCUCUUCCUCCUCUUCUUCCUCUUCAAGUAUUCGGAAAGUCAAGUCUUCCAAAAAUUCAGCUGCUAAUUCAGAAUUAAAGAAGAAGCCCAAAGCAAAAGAUAACAAGAAGAAAAGAACUCCAAAAAAGACCCCUACCCCAGAACCACCAGUUGUAGAUGAAGGUGGAAGUGGAUUGGAUAAUGGUGAUUUCAAGCUUACUUCUACUCCUUCCAUUUCUACCACCCAGAGCAAUAAAGUUACCACAUCUCCAAAGAUCACAACAGCAAAACCAGUAAAUCCUAAACCCAGUCUUCCACCUAAUCCUAAUACAAGUGUUGCUAAAGUCACGCCCAAAGAGGCAUCCUCUACAGCCAACAAAGAGACAACAGUAGAAACUAAAGAGGCUAGUUCAACAAGUAAACAGACCUCAACAAGUACAAAAGAGAAGACUGUUUCAGCUAAAGAAACACGGAGUGCAGAGAAAGCAUCCAAUGAAGAGUCUGCACCCACACCUGAAGCACCUUCACCAACACCCAAAGCUGAAACUACAACCAAAGCCCCUGCCCUCACUACCACCAAAAAGCCAGAGACCACCACCCCCAAAGAGCCAGAGACCACCACCCCCAAGAAGCCAGAGACCACCACCCCCAAGGAGCCAGAGACCACCACCCCCAAGCCAGAGACCACCCCCCCAAAGGAGACUACUCCCACCACCCCAGAUGAACCUGUUCCCACCACCCCUGAGGAGCCUGCUCCCACAACUCCUAAAGAAACGGCUCCCACCACCCCUAAGAGGCCCACUCCACCUUCAAUGACACCUGUUCCAACCACCUCUGAGUCCUCUCCUCCCACUACCCCCAAGAUUCCUGCUGAACCAACUCCAGAGGUACCUGAAGAAACCACACCAAAGGUUCCUGAAAACAAUCCCAAGGCGCCUUCUGUAUCUACAAUGAAGGAUCCUGAAGUGACCAAACCUGAAAUGACUACCACACCUGAAAUUACAACUGCUACACCUAAGGUGACAACCCCAAACCCCACAACUCCAACAGAAGACAAGACUACGGAAUCUAAAACUACAAGCACAACCAGACAAGUGCCAACUACAACUGAGGUUACCACGACAGCUAAAACUACUACUAAAGCAACAACUACAGCACCCAAAGUAACUACUGCAAUAAAAGAGACUACCAAGAAGCCUGAAGAAACAACAGCUGCACCGAAAGACACAGUAACUGAUUCUAAAGUCACAACUCCUAAACCGAAAAAGCCCACCAAAGCACCUAAAAAGCCCAGAAAGCCUACUUCUACCAAAAAACCAAACACAACACCUAGAGUGAGAAAACCAAAGACUACACCAACUCCCUCAAAGACGCCAUUAACUACACCUGAAGUGAGCCCUACCUCUUUAGCUGAAGCCACCACCAACCCUAACCAAGCUCCAAACUCAGAAACAGUUGAAGUAAAUCCAAAGAAUGAAGAUGAAGAUGCUGCUGAAGGAGAAAAUCUUCAUCUGAUUCCCAAUCCCCCUGUGUCACGUCCUUUAGUGAUUUCAGGCAUCGAUUCCAUAGUGAGAGGACCCUAUCAAGGCAUUAGCACCAAUCCCAUGCUAUCAGAUGAGACUGAUUUAUGCAAUGGGAAGCCAGUAGAUGGCCUGACUACUUUGCACAAUGGGACAAUGGUUGCAUUCCGAGGUCAUUAUUUCUGGAUGCUAAACCCAUUCAGGCCACCCUCUCCACCUCGCAGAAUUACUGAAGUUUGGGGUAUUCCUUCCCCCAUUGAUACUGUUUUUACUAGAUGCAACUGUGAAGGAAAAACCUUCUUCUUUAAGGAUUCUCAGUACUGGCGUUUCACCAAUGAUAUUCAAGAUGCAGGGUAUCCAAAACAAAUUGUGAAAGGAUUUGGAGGACUAAAUGGAAAAAUAGUAGCAGCUCUUUCGAUAGCCAAAUACAAAAACAGGCCUGAAUCUGUGUAUUUUUUCAAGAGAGGUGGCAACAUUCAACAGUAUACUUAUAAACAGGAGCCUGCCAGAAAGUGUACUGGACGGAGGCCUGCGAUCAAUUAUCCAGUGUAUGGAGAAAUGACACAGGUUAGGCGUCGUCGUUUUGAGCGAGCUAUAGGACCUUCUCAAACACAUACCAUCAGGAUUCACUUAUCACCCAGUAGAGUCGUUUACCAAGACAAAGGUUUUCUUCAUAAUGAAGUUAAAGUGAGCACACUGUGGAGAGGAUUUCCAAAUGUGGUUACUUCAGCUAUAUCACUGCCCAACAUCAGAAAACCCGAUGGCUAUGAUUACUAUGCCUUUUCUAAAGAUCAAUACUACAACAUUGAUGUGCCCAGCAGAACAGCAAGAGCAGUUACAACACGUUCUGGGCAGACCCUCUCCAAAGUGUGGUACAACUGCCCUUAA